AUGCCCUUCAUCACUCUCCUCUCCACCCUCCUCCUCCUCCUCCUAACCGCCGUCCACUCCCAACCCUCCUCUGAUGCCGUCGCCCUCCUCUCCUUCAAAACCCACUCCGACCUCGACAACCGCCUCCUCUACACCCUGAACGAGCCCUUCGACUACUGCCAAUGGCAAGGCGUCAAAUGCGCCCAAGGCCGCGUCGUCCGCUUCGUCCUCCACUCCUUCCGCCUCCGCGGCACCCUCGCCGCCGACACCCUCACUCGUCUCGACCAGCUCCGCGUCCUCAGCCUCCACAACAACUCCCUCUCCGGCCCCGUCCCCGACCUCUCCCCUCUCUUCAACCUCAAGUCCCUCUUCUUAACCCGCAACUCCUUCUCCGGUUCUUUCCCUCCUUCUAUUCUCACCCUCCACCGUCUCCGAGCUCUCGACCUUUCUUACAACAACUUUACCGGUUCGAUCCCGGUUCUUUUGAACCGUCUCGACCGGCUCAACUCCCUCCACCUUGAGUUCAACUUCUUCAACGGCUCCUUCCCGGCUUUGAACCACUCCUUCCUCACCGACCUCAAUGUCUCCUCCAACAACCUCACCGGCCCGGUCCCGGGGACUCCCACUCUCUCCCGGUUCGACACUUCUUCCUUCCAGCUCAACCCCGGCCUCUGCGGCGAGAUUAUCAACAAGGCCUGCAGCUCACACUCGCCGUUCUUUGAAUCCCACAAUGCCACCUCAGCUGGCUCACCGGAACCCUUAAACGCAAGCGCACAGUCGCAAGGAGUGGUGCUGUCUCCGCCGUCUCCGACAAGGCACAAGAAAACCGGUUUGGUUCUCGGAAUCUCAAUUGGAGUAGCUUUCAUCUUUGCCGGGCUGUUAUUCGUUUUCGCAGUAAUCAGAAACCGGAAAUCCGGAACUGAAGCCGAAAUCACACCAACGAAACCGUCUCCAAGUAAUAAUGUUGAUCCAUUUGACGCAGCCGCCUCAGUUCAAAAAGUUGAGGAUAGGCCAAAAGAGGUAGUCCCCAAAGUACCGAAAGUAGUUGAUCAUUUCGGAGAAGCUCAGACUAGAGUGAUACCCAAGAGUGGGAACUUGGUGUUUUGCUAUGGGGAGACUCAGUUGUACAGCUUGGAGCAGCUGAUGACGGCCUCGGCGGAGUUACUUGGGAGAGGAACCAUCGGAACGACUUACAAGGCGGUGCUGGAUAACCAGCUGAUAGUGACGGUGAAGAGAUUGGACGCGAGUAAGACUGCCAUUACAAGCAGGGAGGCUUUCGAUCAGCAUAUGGACGCCCUGGGUGGGUUGCGCCACCCUAAUUUGGUUCCGGUCAGGGCGUAUUUUCAGGCCAAGGGAGAGAGGCUGGUGUUGUAUGAUUACCAACCUAAUGGAAGUCUCUUCAAUCUCAUCCACGGUUCAAGGUCGAAUAGAGCAAAGCCUCUUCACUGGACAUCAUGCUUGAAGAUAGCUGAAGAUUUGGCGCAAGGCCUUGCUUACAUUCACCAAGCGUCAAGGUUGAUCCAUGGCAAUCUGAAAUCAGCCAAUGUGCUUUUAGGAGCUGACUUUGAGGCCUGUCUCACGGACUAUGGGCUGGCACUGUUUGCAGACUCUUCUGCUAGUGAAGAUCCUGAGUCUGCAGGGUAUAAAGCUCCUGAGACCAGGAAGUCCAGCCGCCGAGCAACGUCCAAAUCAGAUGUCUAUGCGUUUGGCAUCCUCUUGCUUGAGCUUUUGACGGGUAAACAUCCGUCCCAGCAUCCGUCGCUUGCUCCCAUGGAUGUGGGAGAUUGGGUGAGGGCAAUGAGGGACGAUGAUGUUGGGGAUGAUAAUCAACUUGGGAUGCUCACCGAGGUUGCUUGUAUAUGUAGUUUGACAUCUCCGGAACAGAGACCGGCAAUGUGGCAAGUGUUGAAGAUGAUACAGGAGAUUAAAGAGAGUGUGAUGACAGAUGACAAUGCAGGUGUUGGAUUUUCAUAGUAGGAAGUCCGAAGUUUUGCGAAAUUGCAUUCAAAGAAGGAAAGCAAAGGCAGGAGGCAGUGUCGAUGCACUUAUCACUUGGAGGGUUUCCUGAGAAAAGGUUUCUAAUGGCGACUUGAGGGCCAAGAGAACAACUCAUUUAUAGGCCAAACUUAAGGAAUUCAUGUAAUGGCAUUCCUACCAUCUCUAAAUGGCAGAUGUAUAAUGAAAUU